AUGACAAGAGGCACUGUAAAUGGCAAAAUCGACAAAAAGGAGAUUAGAAUCGCCAUUGCUGAAGAAAAGCUGUCAUUGCUAAAGUCUGGCCAGACAGAAUGCUCACAGAUCUUGGAUAUACUCGAUUUAGUCAUCAAGCAUUGCCUCGAUGACCGUAGCAUUUGUUCUGAUGAUGAUGCAAGUGAACUGACAUGCUAUCGCAAAUUUGCAAAGAUACUCGAUGAAAUUCUAGAUGACACUAUGUUAGACAUUCUGGAUGGAGAAAGAGUAUCUAAAGCUUCUAAGACCGUGGCCACGAACCUAGAAAAAUUGUAUAGUACAAAUGCUUCUUUGAACAAUGGCUUUGGUAGAAGGAUUGACUUGAUUCUUGCGACAAAGGACGCGAAGAACAUUAGAGUUAACAAGGCAAUCUUGAGAUACUUCUUGGACCUCCCUAUUUCUGAAACUGACAAGAACAAGAUAAUGACAGUUGGUAUGGAUUGGACGGGUACCAUGGGGUACAUGUUUGCUGUCAAGCCACUUGAUGAUGUUUUUGUUGCUCGCAUAUUAUAUACACUCGCUACACCUACAUAUCUUGAUGAAUUGCCUUCUUUUAUUGAUACUCUUGACCAUCUUUAUUCAUGGCGUAAUUAUCAUGUUCAUGUCAAGGAUAUCGUUCUUGAAGCUCUUUGCAAGCGUGAAAAAGAAACGUUUUUUUCCUCCGUACUUGGCCCCUCUACCGCCACUACUAUUGAUGUCAAUGCUUCACCCAAUAUUUACUUGACGCCUACUCGACCUCGCCAUAGAAGAUUUGAAUCAGAAAUUCAAGACGAAGAACAAGAGUACCAAGACGAAGAUAUAUGAAUGAAUUGUUUUUUUUUUGUUUUGCGCACAAAAAAAAGAGGAUACAAACAAAUGACACUUUAAGUGUUUAUUUAGUACUCUUAAGUUCCCUUUUUCUAAUAGUAUUAGAUUUUCAAGAAAAUAAAACCGUCUACGACUCUUGUAUGUGACAUGACUUCUCUGAAAACACAUGAUACUCUUUUUGUUAAAAGCGCAACACUAACAUCAUUUUGGCAAAAAGUGUAUGUGUCAGAAGCUCUUGUUUCUGGUAGCUGCUUUUGCUUGCAUAUCAUGCUAAGAAAAAGAUGAGAGAGGGCCCAAAAAACUAAAAAACUAUUUUGUAAUAUCUCUCAGUGUCUUUAUAUUAAAAUUGCUGUUUUGUUUGCAAUAAUAGACUUAUAAUGCGAAACUUUACAACUUUUUCUAAUAC